ACGCCCAGCUUGUGGGGCUUGUUGCAGGGGUUCAGGGCUGCAGCCAGGCUGAGGGCUGGGAACGGCUUGUGCUGAGGGGGCAGAAACGCCAGGGGGGAGCUGAGCCCAGCGCCCCAAAGGGAGGUCCCAGAGCUGCCCAUCCAGGGUGGGACAGGGUCCCUGACCAAGCCAGGGUGCUGGAGCCAGCCUGGCACUGGGGAGCAGACACCCUGCCUUGUUCUGGAGACCCUCUGAGGGAUGUUUGCUUGAUGACACAGAGCUGCAGUGACUUUGUUCUUCCCAGGGAUUUCUUCUAAUUUAUACCAGGAUGGGUUUCUAUAAACAGUCUCUAUUGUCAUAUAAAUACAACUGGACCCUCUUGAUGUAAAGAUUUAGAUUCUCAAUCACCAAAUGCAUGGUGGCUUACAGUGAGGAUCUGUGAGAAAAGGUAACUCGGGAACAACACUGCAGAUCCGGAGCUGAACCUACAGCCUUCUAGGAAAACAAAACAACAUUAAAGGUGCAAGUUUGGCCUGGAGCUGUGUUAUUUGGGAAGACCAUGGGUAGGUGCCAGCGCUGGCAGCAGAGCUGCUGGAACGCCGUCCUGCUGGCGCUGCUGUGCGGCGGCGUGUCCCGCGCCCAGCGCGACUGCACGGGCGCCGAGUGCCGGCCCCUGGACAACUGCAUCGAGGAGGUGCUGGAGCCGGGCGAGUGCUGCGCCACGUGCCUGCAGCACGGCUGCACCUGCGAGGGCUACCAGUACUACGACUGCGUCAACGUGGGCUUCGUCAACGGCAAAGUACCCGAAGGGCAGUCGUACUUCGUGGACUUCGGGAGCACCGAGUGCUCGUGCCCCAAGGGGGGAGGGAAGAUCAGCUGCCAGUUCAUGCUGUGCCCAGAGCUGCCCCCAAACUGCAUCGACGCGGUGGUGCCGGCCGACGGGUGUCCUCAGUGCGGGAGGAUCGGUUGCCUCCACGAGGGCCAGAAGUACGUGGCGGGGCACACCUUCCACAUGCCGCCCUGCAAGGUUUGCCAUUGCCCCAACGCUGGCGGCGAGCUGAUGUGCUACCAGCUGCCAGACUGUAACGCGUUCGCCUUGAACACCGCGAGUCCCAUAGAUGCUGAGGACGGCGAAGCAGAGAGGCAUUACGAUGAUCCGUACAGCUAUGACCAGGAGGCGCCAGAAGGAGACAACACCCAGGUGGAGUCUCCAAAGAAAUACAGGAGUUAUUCAUCCCACCUAGAGCAAGAGAGCAUCAGCCAAGAGCAAAGCGAGGAUUACGACUACCUGCCCGCCAGCAUCCCUCCUUCAGCCUUGGCUCCGGCUGAUCCGGACACUGAGGAAACGGCUGCGCCGCUCACCACGCCGGUGCCUAACGUCCCCGCGGAAGUUCGCAGUGCCACAGAAAGAAGUGAGCGAAAGAGGGUGCCCCGCACCACGGCAGCGUCCCUCCAGCAAACGACACACAAGGAAGCACCACUAACCACCAGUGCUCCUCCAGAGCACACAACGGCCACCACUGAGACACCCAAGCAACUGGAGGAACUGGAGAGGAGACCAAAGGGGAAGCAAGGGGACAAAGAGAGGCCUGAGCAAGAAAGAGCCCUCCACUCUAAAAUGAAAAAGCAUGCCAGAAAAGAAGACCCAGGGAACAGCCUGCAUCUGGACUUAAAAGAGGUGAACUUAACAGAGCCCAGUGGGUCAAAAUCUUCCCAGGAGGUGCAGGAGGGAAACGCUUUCCCCAAGGUGAAGUUCAGCGCAACAACCUCUCCUCCGGUUGCUCUCAAGGAAGACCGCAGUCAGGCCUCCCAAAAGCAGUCCCAGACGCUUUAUCGUUACCAUCCCGAGGAAGAUGGGGACCCCAACUCCAUCCACGCUAACCCCAGGUUACCAGAAGGUUCCACAAAGGAAUUGAUUGAGAGCUGCUGUGGAGCUGGACAACAGUGGGCUAUAGACAACGGGGAGUGCACAGAAAUCCCUGUAAGUGGAAUGGAUGGUGAUAUUUGCAGGGUGGCACAGAAGCAGUGCUGCGUGUCGGCCGUGCGGGAGAACAGCUGCCUGGCCGGCGUGGUGGCCGCCAAGGAGGGCGACGUGUGCGGGCCGGACGAGAGCGAUCCCUGCGGGGGCUCAGCCUAUAAGCAAUGCUGUGAUUGCUGUCAUCUGGGCCUGCGACUGAGGAGCGAGGGGAAAACCUGCGAGUCCAACGUCAACCUGGGCUACCCCUGCAGCCACGUGAUGCUGUCCUGCUGUGAAGGGGGAGACCACUUCAUCCAUCCCGAAAUAAAACGGCAUCCUGAGCCUUUGCCUACAGUGACGCCUGAGAAGGUUUCAGAGACAGAAGAUCACAAUGAAGCUUUGUCCAUCAGUAAUGAAGCCGAACUGUCAAAUAACCUUCCUGGAGACGACCUGGAUGAAUGUCUGCUCUAUGGUGGGGAACUCUGUCAGCAUUUGUGCAUCAACACCGUGGGGUCCUACAAGUGUUCGUGUUUUCCAGAAUUCACUUUGCAGGAGGAUGGAACUAGCUGCUCUCCAGAUCCUGACAGGGCACAGGUGACAAGGCUGGAAGCAGAAGCCACCGUCCCUCCGCCAGCCUCUCCUUCUCAGCCUCUUCUCAUCGUGUCCUUACAAGAAGAGCUGGAUAAGUGUAAAGAUAAUGGCCCCUGCAAGCACAUCUGCAGCGUUGUGGAAGGAAACGUUGUGUGCUCUUGUUUGUCUGGAUACACGAUCAUGGCUGAUGGGACUUCUUGUGAAGAUGUGAACGAAUGCGUAACAGAUACGCACAGCUGCCAGCGGGGAGAGCACUGCGUCAACACCGUGGGGUCCUUCAGGUGUCUGCAGGAGCUGAGCUGUCAGCCCGGGUAUGAACUCAAGGAUGGAGAAUGCGUUGAUAUUGAUGAAUGCGAGAGAGGAACUCACAGUUGUAAAGUAAACUUUGUUUGUCAGAAUACAGAAGGGUCGUUCUACUGCGAGUCAAAGCAGCGCUGCAUGGAUGGGUUUUUACAAGACCCUGAGGGAAACUGUGUUGAUAUUAAUGAAUGCACAUCUCUCCCCGAGCCGUGUAAACCAGGAUUCAACUGCAUCAACACCGUCGGGUCUUACACCUGCCAGAGGAACACGCUGACGUGCAGCAGAGGCUACCACUCCAACGAGGAGGGGACCCGAUGCGUCGACGUGGACGAAUGUCAGACUGGUGUACACCGCUGCGGCGAAGGGCAGAUUUGUCACAACCUCCCCGGGGCUUAUCGCUGCGACUGCAAGAUGGGCUAUCAGUACGAUGCGUUCAGCAGGAGCUGCAUCGAUAUCAAUGAGUGCUGGAAUUACCCUGGCCGCCUGUGUCAGCACACGUGUGAGAACACCCCUGGCUCCUACCACUGCACUUGCUCUUCUGGUUUCCGCCUCUCUUACGAUGGGAAGCAUUGUGAAGAUGUGAAUGAAUGCGAUACUAGUCCCUGCAGCCAGGAGUGUGCCAACGUCUACGGUUCCUACCAGUGCUACUGCAGACAGGGUUUCCAGCUGGCAGAAGACGGGCAUUCCUGUAAAGAUAUCGAUGAGUGCACGCAGAGCGCAGGCAUUCUUUGUACUUUCCGCUGCGUGAAUGUUCCUGGCAGUUACCAGUGUGCUUGUCCCGAGCAGGGAUAUACCAUGGCAGCAAAUGGAAGAACCUGUCGAGAUGUCGAUGAAUGUGCAAUAGGAACCCAUAACUGCUCAGCUGCAGAGACUUGCUACAACAUCCAGGGCAGCUUCCGCUGCCUGUCCUUCGAGUGCCCUUCCAACUACAGAAAAGUGUCUGACAUGCGGUGUGAACGAAUCAGUUGUUUUAAUUACCUGGACUGCCAAAACACCCCGGUGCGCAUUACCUAUUACCAGCUGAACUUCCAAACCAAUAUCGUGGUCCCAGCUCAUAUUUUCCGUAUUGGACCAUCGCCUGCCUACGCUGGAGACAACAUAAUCCUCACCAUCAACAAGGGGAACGAGGAGAACUACUUCAGCACGCGAAGGCUGAACUCGUACACGGGCAUCGUCUACCUCCAGCGACAAGUCAAAGAGCCUAAAGACUUUUUGUUAGAUGUUGAAAUGAAACUGUGGCGUCAGGGAACGUACACUACUUUCCUUGCCAAAAUUUACAUUUUCAUCACAGCUCAUGCGUAUUGAAGCGUGUAUUGACUUGGAUUUUAUUGGUGCUAUGCUCUUUAACUGCUCUACCAAAGCUUAAUACUGUUGAACUGGCAUUUAAUGUAUCUAGCCUUUAUAUUAUUUUUCUAUCAUUGCUUUAAACUUUUUUAUUGGUUGUGUAAAUUAAGUUAAUUUUUAUCGUUUUGUUUUGUUUUCUUAUGUAAUUCUUUACAUCGUCAUUUGACAAUGAGCGUAGGAAGGGUUAGAAAGACAGUACAUGCGUUGUGUUAAGUGCUGGAACCUUUUCUUAGGAAUUAUUUUUAGGUUUAGUCACAUCUGCACCAGAGAGGAAAGAUGUUCACUUGGGAGCAAUGGGUUUUGCCACUAAGGGAAAAAACCUUGAGCAGUUUCUCUUUAUGACACAAAGUUCUGGUCCGGCUCAGCGCCGGCCCCCACUGAGGUUCCUCUGUGUGGAGACGCGGCGGCGAUGGCCACACGUGGACGCUGAUGGUUGGCUCACCUCAUCCUAUCGGGUUCUUUUCCUCCUGCCAACUUUCAUAAUAUGUUGCCUAAAAUAUAUAUAUAUAAAUAAAACUCCACCAGUGAAAAA